AUGUUCGUGGAGAUGAAGGUGAAAGAUGACGGUGGCAAGUACACUGUUACUACUUUCAAUCCGACAGUUGGUCUACAUUUGCUAAAACAUUUGACGGAAGAUUUCAAUCACCAAAUGGUUAUCGAAGGAACGUUUUAUGUGCAUGCUUGGUUGAACAAUAAUGGUGCUGCCGCAAUGACCAAAAAGAUGACAUUGACAAAACUCAUUUACAAUAACACAUCGGUUUCUCCCCCAGAAGAAAAUGUUAGAGUUCACAAAUUUGUUCUCCUUAAGCAUGUGAUUGAUAAAUUUUAUGAUGACAAAGAAUUCACUGGUUCGAAGAAGAGCUUGGAUGACUUGAAGCUCGAAUAUAAGGAAUUGCACAAGGAUAUUUAUCCAAAUAUUCCAAUUGAAGAUGUCAAGUUUUCUACUGAAGAAAUAAAAAAUCGUAGGGACCGAGAAAUGCAAGCAAAAAGAAACUCAACGGCAGAAAUAGCUUUAUUGCUAAAAGAAAAAAUGCUACAGAUGAACACUGUUGCGUUAAUAACUGACUCGGAUCUUGAAGCUAUAACAAAGAAAAGAAAAUUUGCUUCAAAAAGUUGGUUUUUGUUUAUUCAGAUAAGAAGUCUAGGCUGUUGUUCAAUCUAUCAGUUAAAUAUGGUAAUACAGUUGCUGACUUGUUUUGAGCCUGUCUUUGAUCUUGAGCAGAAAAAAAAUGCAAGAGUUGCUGCUUCUGUUCGGUUUUUGUACCAGCCCUUGUACUUACUUUUACAAAUUGUCUAG